UGCGAAAAGUUGUUUUUGCGAGAGUGACGACUCUCCAACGCAAUUCCGAGAAGAAAACGGGAUUUCAUCUGCUCCUGGCGUGCAAAUCAGCGUGUCAGACGGGUGCUUAUUUUCUCAUGUACAAGGCGCCGGCAGGGAUUAGACCUGACGAGGCGGCAAGGACACCUCUCCACACACGCACUAGUCUGGAGCCAGUCUGGAGCCCCUCUGGCACUGCCUCCGUGUCCGUUCCGUCUGGCCUUCCAAACCGCUGAAACAGGACCGCAGAGAGUCCCUGCGCCAGGCACGACGGACAGGUACCGGUGCUAUUUCCGUGCCCCAUUGCGGCUUCUUUUGUCUUUCUGGCCUCUCCAACUCUUCUAGACCAAAACGCCCGCUUGUCCUGUCUUGAUUUUUCUUCCUUUCUGCCUUUUGCCUUUUCUUAUUGUGGCUUCUCUAUUCACCUACCAGUCGGGCCCGUGGUUUGUUCUCUUCAGCUUCCAUCUCCCGCCAGCUCCAGCUCCUAGAUUCGCCCUCCCCGGCUCACCCUCCUCGACCCAUCUCACAAAGCACCCGCGGCUUGGUUCCGGCGCGCCUGCCCCGUUCGUCUUCUGCCGGUGCCGCUCGUCCUCUGAUGCUGUCGAGCCGCUAGGCACCUACCCAAACUCUCUACCUCUACUUGUCGCCCUCCCCCGAUAGCGAUCCGCGGCCCGAGGCCACGUCGCAAACCAGCCCCCUUUCACCAUGAAGUUCGCCCACGGCGCUGCCCUCCUGGGCGUCGCGGCGCUUGCUUCUGCCUCGACCCCAUCGAGUCUUGCACCACGGAAUUACGACGCCAACGACUACUACGUUCUCCACGUCGCCCGUGAUACCUCGCCCAAGGCCGUCGCCAGGGAGCUCGGCCUGAACCACGAGGGCCAGCUCGGAGAGCUCAACGACCAUCACAUCUUCUCGGGCACCAAGACACCCCAUGAUAUAGUAAAGAGGGAGGUGCGGGUCCAGCGCCUCAGGAAACGGGGCGAGUCGGUCCUCGAUGGCGUCCUUUUCUCCGAGAAGCAGGCCCUGCGCAAGCCCUGGGAGAAGCGUCUGCCGCUUGGCCCAAGAUUUGGACCGCACCCACCAAGAGACGAUAGCAAGCCCGACCCGGCAGUUGUGGCCAAGCAAAAAUCCGUCGCCAACGCGCUGAGCAUCUUCGAUCCCAUAUUCCACGAACAGUGGCACUUGCUCAACCCUCUACAGGUUGGUCAUGAUGUCAACGUCACCGACGUGUGGCUGCAGGGCAUCACGGGCAAGAACAGCAUCGUGUCCAUCGUCGACGACGGCCUCGACAUGGACAGCAACGACCUGAAGGACAACUACUACGCCAAGGGCUCCUACGACUUCAACGACAAGCACCCCGACCCGAAGCCCAGGCUGUCUGAUGACAGACAUGGUACCCGUUGCGCCGGCGAGGUUGCCGCCGUCCGCAACGACGUGUGCGGCGUCGGUGUCGCCUACGAUGCCAAGGUCUCGGGCAUCCGCAUUCUCAGCAAGCUCAUCAGUGACGCUGACGAGGCCGUUGCCCUAAACUUUGACUUCCACAACAACCACAUCUACUCGUGCUCCUGGGGCCCGCCCGAUGAUGGCGUCAGCAUGGACGCCCCCGGCAUCCUGAUUCGCCGUGCUAUGCUCAACGCCAUCCAGAACGGCCGUAACGGAAAGGGAUCCGUUUACGUCUUCGCCAGUGGCAACGGCGCCAUGUCUGGUGACAACUGCAACUUUGACGGCUACACCAACAGUAUCUACAGCAUCACUGUUGGUGCCAUUGACAGGACCGGCACCCACCCGUACUACUCCGAGUCGUGCUCCGCCAACCUUGUUGUCACAUACUCAAGCGGCUCUGGAGACGCCAUUCACACUACCGACGUGGGCGCAGCCAAGUGUUACAACCAGCACGGUGGUACCUCGGCAGCCGCUCCGCUAGCGGCCGGUAUUUUCGCCCUUGUCCUCCAGGUCCGAAACGAUCUCACCUGGAGAGAUAUGCAGUACCUCGCCCUCCUGAGCGCUGUUCCCGUCAACCUGGACUCGGGCGACUGGCAGGACACUCCCAUCGGUAAAAAGUUCAGUCACAUGUAUGGCUACGGCAAGGUGGACAGCUGGGGUGUUGUCGAGCUCGCCAAGACAUGGAAGCUUGUCAAGCCGCAGGCCUGGUACUUCUCGCCCUGGAUCCACGUCAAGCAGGCCAUCCCGCAGGGCGACAAGGGCCUGGCGGUCAAGUUUGAAGUCACAAAGGAAAUGCUCGACAAGGCCAACCUCGAGAGGCUAGAGCAUAUCACCGUCACCAUGAACGUGGAGCAUACGCGCCGAGGCGACUUGAACGUUGACCUCAUCAGCCCUAGCAAGGUCGUCAGCCACCUCUCGGUCACUCGUGACCGGGACAACACCAGGGCCGGCUACAAGGACUGGACCUUCAUGAGCGUUGCCCACUGGGGCGAGUCCGGAGUUGGAACCUGGACCAUCGUCAUCAAGGACAGCAAGGUCAACGAGCACGAGGGCAACUUCACCGACUGGCACCUGAAGCUCUGGGGUGAGGCCAAGGAUGCCUCCAAGGCAAUCCAGCUGCCCAUGCCCCAGCAGAACGACGAUGAGGACCACGACAAGCCCGAGAUCACCACUCUUCCCGCCCACACCACCACUCUGCCGGCGGACGUUCCCCCCACCAAGGCCCCCGCAGUCCCGACCGAGUCCAUGCCCGACCGCCCCGUCAAGAGCAAGUCGUUCUCGACGCACGCCAGCGCCAGCGACCCGACAGGAGCGCCAGGGCCCAACACGACCGAGACACCUGCCGCCCAGAGCAGCAGCUCCUGGCUGCCGUCCUUCCUGCCCACCUUUGGCGUGUCGUCGAGGACGCAGGCCUGGAUCUACGGCGCCGUCGGUCUCAUCGUUGCCUUCUGCUGCGGCCUGGGCGUCUACCUCUUCGUCGCCCGCCGUCGCCGCCUCCGGAACAGCCCGCGCGAUAACUACGAGUUUGAGCUCCUCAACGAGCAGGAGGCCGAGAACCUCAACGGCGGCGAGAAGGGCUUCGCGGCCGGCAAGAAGGGCCGCAAGACGCGCGGCGGUGAGCUGUACGACGCCUUUGCCGGCGGCAGCGAGGACGAGGAGGACUUUGUCGAGGGGCAGUACCGGGACCGCGACGACAGCGGCCCGGCCAGCGGCCAGGCCAAGGGGAAGCGCAACGCCGACUCCGCCGUGGAUGAUGACCUCCAUCACGUGAUUGGCGAUGAGUCGGACUCGGAGUCUGAGUCGGACGAGAAGGCGGCCUCCAAGGCCCGCAGGUGAAUGGACUUGGGCAGAGGCGGUGGCCGAGAGGCGUCUUGAGUGAUAUUUUUCCCUUUGCUAAUCUACUACAUAAAAGCAAACCAUGUGAUCUGGACCUUGAAUGCAGCUCGCAUGUCGUGGAGACGACUUGGCCGCUGCUGCGACGUCACCAUCACCCACUCUCACUCUCACCCGCAUAUGUUCAUGAACCCACCCUGAUAUAAUUCACGUGUACUCUCCUCCUCCCACAUCUUGUACCGCUUGGUCGUGUCUACUUCUUUCCUUUUAUCAUCAUCCCGCUAGACAGCAUCGACAUCAUGUUUGCAUCUGAUAGUGCAUCCUGGGCGGAUGGGUGGCUCUUUUUAUUUUAUUCUUCAUACUCGACUGGGGGCGUUUGGGAGGAUUUGUUGUCAUGUACUUACGAGGUUCUUUUCUUUGGAGUUUAGAUACGAGAGAGAAAAACGAAGCUAUUUCUAUUGCCUUGCUGUGCCUAUUGGACCACUCCCACAAAACGGUAGUCUUAC